AUGAUCGCUCCACCAUCGAAACUUCGACGUAAUAAAGCAACAACAUUUCAGCCAGCCAUUCCCAAAGCGGUGUUCGAUCUCCAACAUCACUUUGUAUUUUCGAAGCAAAAAGCGCCAAUCGAUGGGAUAGAAGCUAUCAAACGCGAUGGAGCAGUUGUGAGCGAGCAUUCGGUAAUAAAAUAUGUGAACGACGAGCGGCCAGAUGAGUCUGUGGACGAUAAUUUGAACGACACGUUCAAAACGGUUUUGCGUGUCGGCAUUGCAGAACCUGAAAUGGUGUACACGCAAUUGUUGAAACUCUCUCAGUGUUAUGAAGCAAUGGCUAGAAACAAUAAAAUAAUUGUGUUCACAGAUGACAUUUCGGUCCGAAAAGCCUUUAAUGGUCUUGUAUAUAACUGCAUGCGCACCGGAUUAGUUGCUGAUAAACGUACAAUGGAAAUUACCGGGGUGUUAUCUGUUACUGAUUUCAUUAUGGUGCUAAUGAUGCUAUGGAAAUAUCGAGAAAAUCUCGACGAACUCAAAGGAACACCUCUCAGCCAUGAAGACUUUCGACGAAUGGAUAUAGCUUUCAUGCCAAUCAUUAAAUGGAAAGAGUGCUUAUUUUCUAACGGACAACUGAAACCAUUCAUUAAAAUUGGACUUAAAGAAAGCAUAUUCCAUGCUGUCGAACUACUUGCCCAAUAUAGGAUUCAUCGACUUCCAGUAAUGGAUGAAGACACUGGAGACUGCGCUUAUAUACUUACGCAUCGUAGAAUUUUGCAUUAUAUCUGGAAACAUCUUGCCCUUUUGCCGAAGCCGUCAUUCCUUAAUGAAAAAAUAACAAAAUUGAGUAUGGGUUCCUGGCAAAAUUUAAUCUAUGCCACAGAAGAGACCCCAUUAAUUGACUGUUUAGAUAUGCUCAUCAAUAAUCAGAUCAGUGGAAUUCCUAUAGUGGAAGCUGAUACGCUUAAGGUAGUUGAAGUUUAUACUCGUUUUGACGCCGCCUCAGCUGCUUUCUUAAAUCAUAUCGAUCUCAGUGUUCCGGUAAUGCAAUCUAUCGCUGAACGCGAUAAAAUUUGUGGUAUUCGAAGAGACGGUGUCGUUACCGCCCAUUAUAGCUCAACAUUUUGGCAAUUGAUUGAAUGUUUCAUCAAUAAGAAUGUUCAUCGGAUUUUCCUUGUGGACAGCAACAAUGUGCUAAAAGGAAUUAUCUCACUAUCUGAUGUUACCGAAUUUAUGAUUCUUCGCCCUCCAAAAUCUCGCGAACAAACUCCACAACGUUGA